AUGGUGUUGAGCUGCAUGCGAUUCGCCCUUUUCGUGCUCCCAUGCGCCGCGGCCCGCCUAAUCCAGCCCCGCCGUGCCUUCCUCGCUGUCCCAGCCUCGCUUCUGCCUGUGAUGCGCCGCAGCGAUGCGGCGGUGGCCGCACCGUCAAAGGCGGCAUCGCCGGCGGCGGCAAAGCAGCAGAUUCUCGCUGGCUAUGACGAACUAGGAAGGCUCCUCCGCGACUUUGAGGCGGUGGUGUCGGGUGGUGGCGGCGAUGGCGUUCGCCGUGUCCUCGGCACGGUGGGCACUGUAAGCCCCGUGUACCUGAUCGAGCCGGCGUUCCGGCUACUCUUCGACGAGGACGAGAGCCUGCCGAUGGAGUACAUCGAGACGGUCGAGUCGCUCAUGCGCAAUCUGGCAGCCGCGGACAGCGAGGCGUACUCGGCUAUCUUCAUCGAAUUUUCGUCGGCAAAGGGCAAGCCGGCCGACUACUUUGGGCGCUCUAAGCAGGCGGUCGCUCGUGCGAGAGAUGACUGGAGGCAGUUGAUGGACUACCUGAGCAUGUGA